UAUUCAGAAUUGGUUUCUUCUCGCCCGUUAGCUUUAGGCUUUAGCUGUAACAAAAAUCGAAAGGGAGAGAGAGAGAGAGUGUUGAGACUGAGGGGAAACUCGGCGCUGGGCAUUUACUGUAGCUUUUUGCUCGCACGCAAAAGCAGAAAAAAUUGGUUCAUAACCUAUCUUGUAGAGGAGUCUCUCGUAUAGAUUUUGGGAGCCUCAAAAUGUCAGGUGGCCCUGGACUUGAAUCUCUUGUAGAUCAAACAAUAUCAGUUAUCACAAAUGAUGGACGGAACAUAGUGGGAGUCUUAAAAGGCUUUGACCAGGCUACAAAUAUUAUCCUUGAUGAAUCUCAUGAGCGUGUCUACUCCACAAAGGAAGGUGUUCAACAGCUUGUGUUGGGUUUGUACAUAAUCAGGGGUGACAACAUAAGCGUAGUUGGGGAGCUCGAUGAGGAGCUUGAUGCUCAUCUUGAUUUGUCAAAACUGAGGGCUCAACCUCUCAAGCCUGUUAUCCAUUAAAAGACUAAGAAAGGUGCAAGUUGUUAUGACCAUGACCAUGUGAGUGAUUAUUACCUACAAAGAACAUGCAGGGUAGUUUUCGGUCGUUCUGAAUAUUCUAUAUGCGCAUAUUUGUAAUAUUGAUAAAAAAGAGCUUUAUGUCAAUUUCUCCUAAUCAAAUGAAUCAUUUUCCAAGCCCCAA